UCCAAUUCCAAAAACCACCCUUUAUUAGAAAAGAGAUAAAGUUACUUUUGUAAUUGUGGGCGUUUUGGAUCUUUUUUUAAUUUGCAAAAUGGCCUCCAGCAUACCUUUCCCUCUUCGUGAACCUCAACAAAAAGAUCAAGGACCCCAACAAUUCCAACCAAACUUAAAUGUUAGGCUGACUUGUCCUGAUUGCCGUGUGAAUCCACCUCACAUUAUUGAAGAAUUCGCCUCUGGUGAUCUUGUUUGCGGCGACUGUGGUCUUGUUUUGGGUGAUCGUAUCAUUGACACAAGAUCGGAAUGGCGUACUUUUGCCAAUGAUGAGGGCGAUGAUCCGUCUCGUGUUGGUGCAGCAGCGAAUCCAUUGUUAGAUGGAAACCAGCUCGACACUGUGAUUUCUCGACGAGACGGUGGAACGGGUGCUGCAAAGGAUCUCAACAAGGUCCACGGUCGUGCAACGGCCAUCAAAGGAGAACGCAAUCUCGUGCAAGCAUACAAAGAGAUCAGUGCCAUGUGCGACUCGAUUUCUCUGUCAAAGAUUGUCAGCGAUACCGCGAAGCAAUUAUACAAGCGUGUCGAGGAUGAAAAGCUGUUGAGAGGCAAGUCGAGCGACGCCAUUAUCGCCGCAUGCAUUUUCAUCGCUUGUCGACAAGAAAAGGUGGGCCGUACAUUCCGAGAAAUCUGUGCGUUGACACGGGUGCCAAAGAAAGAAAUUGGACGAUGCUACAAGUCGCUGCAGGCGAAGCUUCAGACCAACACUACGAUCAUGAACUCGGAAGACUUGAUGUCUCGUUUCUGCUCCAACUUGCAGCUUCCCAAUUACGUUCAGAAAGCAGGUGUCGAUCUGGUCAAGCGGGCAAAAGAGUUGGGUACGCUGGCAGGCAAGUCUCCCAUCUCGGUAGCUGCCGCUUGUAUCUACUUGGUAUCCUAUCUCUACCGCACCCCCAAAUCCACGCGUGACAUUGCUGUUGUUGCUGGUGUAUCUGAGGUGACCAUCAAGUCUGCGUACAAGUCGCUUUAUGCCGAACGCAAAAGCCUCAUUGAUUUGGACUCGCUCAAGGACAAGCCUCACGGCGAGAACUUGUCCUUUGAAGAUCUUGCUUUCCCUUAAUAAUCAUCGAUCUUCUUUUUUCUUUCGCAUUCCCACCAUAUGAAACCCAUCCCAUCCCAUUCCAUAACAUAACGCAAUCGUACAUACAUAUUUCGGUAAAUAACAAUUAAAAAAAGGCAGCAGCUUCAUAUGGAAAGCA